UGGGAUGUGAUGAAUAGUAAGGAGUCUCCGGAAUGUAAAGUGUAAAUAACAGCUACGACAAAUAGGCAAGGCUUCUCAUUACACUAUUGUAGUGAGGGAGGGUGUCAGCAUCGGGUUUCACUUUAAAUUCACUUAGAACCUCCGCAGUAAUUCACAAGUAGGACGCCUUCAGCCAAGCAGUGAGCACCAAAUUGAGGGUGGUUGGCGGACACCAUGGAGAUUUCAUCAGUGGCAGAAAAUCAUGCAAUUUACAAUAAUUUUGACGCAAGAAAGUACCUGGAUAAGUUUUAUGCAAUAGAUGAAGACGAGGAGAUGACCAAAGAGUCAAGUUUCCUGCUCACAUUUAUGAAAAAUGUGUUUUCAUCAGGUCGUGUGGAAGGCAAUAGUCUUAUAGAUAUUGGUUCUGGUCCCUCCAUCUAUAAUAUACUGUCGGCCUGUGAAAAUUUCAAGCAGAUAUACCUUACAGAUUAUUCUGAAGACAACCUGCGGGAAGUAGGAAAAUGGCUAAAAGGUGAUAGUGAGGCCUAUGACUGGUCCCGAUAUAUAAAAUAUAUCUGUAACAUUGAAAACCACAGGUCCACAGAGGAGGAGAAGGCUGAAAAGAUCCGCAGGAAAGUCUCACUCAUGAAGUGUGAUGCCACCAAAGCCAAUCCCUUAGAGCCAAAUUCCCUUCCCCUGGCAGACUGUGUGAUUGUCGCCUCAUGCCUCAGCUGUGUUUGCAAGAAUGUUGAAGAUUUUAAAACUGUCGUACAGAAUGUUUUGUCUCUGCUCAGACCCGGGGGUCAUCUAAUUAUUACUGAUUACUUAAGGACCACAUAUUACACGAUCGGCGAGACAAAGUUGCCAAUUCUGUCACUUGAUGAAAAUAUGGUGCGAGAGGCGGUGGCUGAGAGCGGAUGUGAGAUUCAGGAGUUUACAACGUUUACUGACUUCAAUUAUCCAGAAGAGCUGUUUGAUUGUAAAGUAGUUUUCUGUCUUCUAGCCCGCAAACAUUGAAGCCAUAGACAUAGAGGGAAAAUAGAAAAAGUGGCAGGAGUAACGUCAAUGUCCUUUUUAAAUCAACUUUAUGGUAGACCAAGCCAGAUCUUUAGUUUUUAUUAGUUGUAGUUGUUUUAUUAACAUUCAUUAGCAGAUUACAAGCAGCAGCAGAUUUAUAUUGGUGGGUUUUAUUUAUGAUAGUGGGACUGUUUUUUUUUUAACCUUGCAUUGGGCAACACCACAGGGGCACUGGUAUGAACGGGCCCCUAAUCUUUGUGUUUGUGAACAUACUUGUAAAGAUCCGCACACAUUUACUUCUCUAAAUUCUGUGUGUAGUCACUAUGCCUGGCUGUGUCACACAUUUCAAAGAGCCUGCCUUCUGAACUACAGAGGGGAUGAGAGGAGGAGUUUCAGGAGGCGGAGUCAGUACAGGAAUCACCGCUUGCAGGCAGCAAGGUACUAUGGACAGUGCCAGAUUUUUCAGGCAUGUGCCCACCGGCAGUCCCGAUCCUGACCUCCCUGGGGCCCUAAGCAAAAUGACAUGGCACAUUAAAAA